AUGGUGGCCGAAGACCCGCGAAACCCAAGUGGUGCGCUCCGGCCUCCUUCCACACCAGGGACCGGACCGGCUUGGCCAACUCAGGCCUCGGCGCCGAACACGGCUCACGCUGCGGGCCCCGGCGCGCCGGGAACGGACGCGCGGGCGCGACCAAUCAGCGGCCGCCUAAGGAGCGCAGGGCGGCGGCGCGGCCAAUCAGCGAGGCGCUGGAAGGGAAGGGGCGGGAGCUGGGGAGGCUCGCGUGAGGCCGAGCCUCCCGCUGCCCUGCUUCCCGGAGCGGUCGGGCCCAGCCCUGAGGCGGCGUGCGGGGAGGCCCCGGCGCGCGGCCUCAAGCAGGGGCCCGGGCCCACUUCCCAGCGCCCGUCCCCUCCCUCAGCCGCGGCCCCCCAGUCACUCUGCUCACUCCAUGCCUCACCUCGAGGGGACACCGAGACCGAGAAGGGAACCCUAGGCGAGAGCUGCAGCCGACCGUACCCACUCCUGCCGCUGCUCCGCCUCACAUUCAAACCCCGGCAAAAUGGCGCGGCGGCAAAGGUGGCGGCCACGGCGCAUGUGCAAGCGAGGCCGAGACUCGGGGCGGGGCCAGGGAUGCUUUGGGUCCCACCCUGGCUUGAAGGGCCAAUCGGAACCCCGCUCUGGUCUGCGGUGACGUCACAAGAGACCAUGCCCUUUGACGCAGGUUGCUGGUUUGGAUUUCUUUGCGCAGACCGUGGCAGGUGUUCCAAGAGGCUCCUAGUGGCUUUUAACUCUUGGAUGGAUUAUGCUCGUCCCCGCCAGAGAAGGGAGAGACCGUCCAUUCUAGGACAAGCAGAAUAACCGAAUGAAUGAUGUAACCGGUGGCAACUUGAAGAUAACUGGGAUGAACAGGGGAAAUUUUACUUUUUCAUUCAAAAGCCAGGAGAAGCCAGGCGGUGGUGGCACACACCUCUAAUCCCAGCACUCGGAGGCAGAGCCAGGCGAAUCUUUGUGAGUUCAAGUCCAGCCUGGUUACAAAGUGAGAUCCAGGACAGGCUCCUAAGCUACACAGAGAAACCCUGUCUCGGGAAAACAAAACAAAAACAAAAGCCAGGAGAGAGCUGAGUGAACGGCGGCCUGGCCAGCACUGGGGAGAACAGUGAAGGCUGGGAAGUCUGCUUAAGCUAGACUUGGAACUAGUGAAAUGUAAUAAGAAAAACAGGGCCAAAUGAGGGGGCCUCAGCAGCCAGCUCAGCUCGCUUUCUCCGUCCCUCCCAGCUCCAAGCUUACCGCACAGCAUUGAUACUUGCACUUUCCUCUGCGUGGCCGCUCUUCCAGAUCCAAUGAUGGCUGGCUCCCUUUGCAUUUGGUUGCAGAGCAAUGACAGCUCCCCAGGGACGCUUUACCACUCUCUGAAACUGCCCACUUCACCUUAACUUUAACCCAACAGCACACCAUUUGUCCAGUAAAAGACAGGCUGCCCAACUUGACAUGAAUUUCAGGGAACGAACUCUUAUUUUUAAUAAUAGAUACCAUCUGAGAACACUGCUUUGUUUAUGUAAGGUCCUAUUAAACUGGGCAUUCUGUAUCUUUUGUUUGUUUUUGUUUUUCCAGACAGGGUUUCUCUGUGUAGUGCUGGCUGUUCUGGAACUUGCUCUAUUGACCAGGCUGGCCUCAAACUCAGAGAUCUGCCUGCCUCUGCCUGCCAAAGUGCUGGGAUGAAAGGUGUGUGCCACCACUGCCCAGCUGAGAAUUCUGUAUCUUAUCUAGCAGGCUUGAUUUCAUUAUUAGGAUUCUGCUACUCCUCCAGCUAUGUGACCACACAUGCGCAGUUCAAUAGCUAAGCAAGGGGUCAUACAUACAUCAUCCUUCCUACAACAUCAGUGCACUGUGCGAUUACACAAAUUCGCGCAGGGCGGUCACGCAAUCAGCACAUAUGUGGAGUAGCUCCAUAAGCCCACCAGAGCAUGUGCAGGAAAAUCCUUAAAAAUCCAGUCACGCCGGGUGGGGGUGGCACAUGUCUUUAAUCCCAGCACUCGGGAGGCAGAGGCAGGCAGAUCUCUGUGAGUUCGAGGCCAGCCUGGGCUACCAAGUGAGUUCCAGGAAAAGCGCAGAACUACACAGAGAAACCCGUCUCGAACAACAAAAAAGACAAAACAAAAAGCCAGUCACAGACUCCUCCCCUCUCUUCUGCUCUCUCCUCUGCCCCCACUGUCUCUCUACCUGCACGUCUUUCACAGGCCU